GCAAGGAUUACGCAUAUAUGUGUAAAUAGAAAAAAAAUAUAUCGAAGUAUAUACUGUUGAAAAAUAGUAGUAUUUAUAAUGCACUCUUAAAUUGGGAUCCAUUUAAAAGCUUUAUUCACGCAAUCUUUGUCGAAAAUAAUAUAAAUGGGUUAGAUUUCUGGUUUUGCGCAGGUUUUGCGCAGGGUUAUAAAUACGGUAUUUUGUCUGGUUUCACUUGCUAACUUCAUAUUUUGGAAAUUGGUUAACUUGGAGAACUUGGAGAACAUGCUGCUGUCGAGGUGGACAAGUUCACAUAAAUCUUUACGGAUAUGUUUAUCUAAUUCACGGUUCUUUGGAAAUGGGACUAAGGCUUUAUUGCAGAAAAGCCCUUCAUUAAAUCAGGCAGGAUUCUUCCCAUUAUCAGAAGGAGUGAUGCUUCCACCUGGGACUUUUAAAAACAAAGUGGCCUUCAUCACAGGAGGAGGUACAGGACUGGGUAAAGGCAUGACCACUGCUCUGUCCUCUCUGGGGGCCCAGUGUGUCAUAGCCAGCAGAAAAUUGGAUGUUCUGCAACAGACUGCUGAGGAAAUCUCACUUCAGACUGGUAAUAAGGUUCAUGCUGUGCAGUGUGAUGUGAGGGACCCUGCUUCUAUAAAGGCUGCUGUAGACAAGCUAAUCACAGAUGUUGGGCUUCCUGAUGUGGUGAUUAACAAUGCUGCAGGAAAUUUCAUUUCUCCUUCUGAAAAGCUCUCAGCCAACGCAUGGAGAACCAUAACAGACAUAGUUCUGAAUGGCACAGCCUAUAUAACGCUGGACAUUGGCAAACGUCUAAUCAAAGCUGAGAAAGGUGCUGCAUUUCUUGCCAUCACCACCAUCUAUGCUGAAAGUGGAUCUGGAUUUGUUGUGCCCAGUGCGUCUGCUAAAGCAGGAGUGGAGGCUCUGUGCAAAUCUCUUGCAGCAGAGUGGGGAAGAUAUGGCAUGAGGUUUAAUGUUAUACAACCAGGGCCUAUCAAAACCAAGGGUGCUUUCAGCCGUCUGGACCCCACAGGCACGUUCGAGAAGUCCGUGAUUGAGAGGAUACCAGUGGGUCGGCUUGGUACGCCGGGGGAGAUUGCCAAUCUGGCUGCCUACCUCUGCAGCGACUAUGCCAGCUGGGUGUCUGGUGCGAUAAUCAGAAUGGAUGGUGGUGAAUAUGUGUUCAUGGCUGGAGAAUUCAAUUCACUGAGUAAUGUCACACAAGAGCAGUGGACUAUGAUGGAGGCUAUGAUCAGGAGCACAAAGGGCUCUUGAUAGCUGGCUGUUUGAAGAUGAGCCACUUCACAGUUAACACUGGGAUUCAUAUAAUCUAUCAUGACCAGCAAAACCUUGGAAUCCUCAGAUGAUGCUCAAGCUAGAAUAUGAUAAAUUGUCAACACACAGACUGCUGUUUAUGAACGCACAUUAUGGAAAUAAAGAAAUGAAAUGCG